AUGGCGGAGCCCCAGUGCCAGGCGGGUCUCCACGACCUGCCGGACGCCUGCCUGGAGGCCGUCCUGGACUUUCUACCUGCCGGGGAUCUCCUGGCCUUCCAGCUGACAUGCCGCCGCUUCCGCGACGCUGGCCGCUCGCCCACCGUGUGGAUCCGCAAGCUGCGGUCCGACUACGGCCUGCGCCUGGGCCGGGCGGCCGGCGGCGGGUCCCUGGGCCCGCAGCGGCUGUACGUGAGCCUGGCGCGCCAGCGGCGGAGGUCCCGGCUGCGGUUCCGGGGGCUGCUGACGGACGGCGGGGUGGACGCCGGCCAGGCAUACUUCUGGUGCUCGAACAUGUUUGAGACGGACAGCAGGCGGUGCUACUCCAGCGAGAUGUGCUCCAACUGCGGAGUGCGUGUGAUGGCCGGCCUGUGCCCGGACGUUCCGGCCCCCCGCCUCCCCCGGCAGCCCAUCCGCGCCCACCACCGCCUCGACCUGGCCAGCUGGCGCAAUGAUUCCGACAACGCCGACGCUGACAGUCCGCCAGUGAUCUACGACCGCUGCGUGGCACAGCGGCUGGCCUUGGCGGAUCCGGACGUGACUGGCGUCGCCCAAUCCGUCGUGGUGUCGCGAGAGGGGCCACUGUCAUGCCCCGUGCGCUGCGGCGCGAUCUUUUUGGCCAACCGGACGCACGGGCCGGACAAUGGGGCAGCAGGGGAGGAUUUCGCCAGGGGUCUUUAUGAGGCCGCCAGGGGGCGGUUCGUGGACGAGAUGGCCAAAGCGAGGAGCCUGGAGGCGCUGAUGGAGGCGUGCGAGGCGGGGCGCCUGCCGCGGGCGGCGGGCCGGCAGCGCUCGACGCACGGCGAGUGGGUGCAGUUCGAGGACGUCGAAGACGCUGGGCUGGGAGAGAUGUGCCCCCUGGUGUGGUUCAGGUUCUUCUCCCGGGAGGAGGCCAGGCUGGCGCGGCGGGCCGCCCUUGAGCGCCGGGGCGGCUCGAUCGGCAACCAGGCGCCCAUGUCUGCGGCCGAUCCUGUGCCGCUGGACAUCAUCCCCGACCUGUCCGCGCUGUGGUUGCCGUCCGGCGGCAUGCCCGAGCCCCAUGCCUACCUGCCUGGGCCAUCGGAGCCACCACAAGCCGCGGAUCAGCUCCAAGGGGUAGACUUGUCUCCUGAGCCGCCUGGAGGCAAUCCAACCGAUCAGGAGGGCCCCAGCGCGGCUGGCCAUCUGGCCGGAGUCGAUUUCCCUGUGGAAUCUCUGCCUGUGGAAGGAUUGGGGAUAAUGGGAGAUGCCCAUGAUGCGAUUGUGGGGGACCUUGGUGCCCCGACAGGCCAGGGUGGAGGCCCCGGGACUCCAGAAGGCCUAGAGGCCUUUCUGGAGGAGGAGGACGACGCGACGUCGGUGGACGGCGGGCUGGUGGCCCUGUGGCCCGGGCAGGAGAUGCACGACGGCCAAAGCGACAACGAGUGGAACCUUGCGGACGAGUAUGUGUUCCCUGGUCUGUUCGGCGGCUGGAACCCACAGUUUCUCUUCAAAACCCUGGAGGGCGAGGAGGCUGGCACCUCUGGCCGCGACAAGCUCGUUAUCAAGCUCACCAAGCCAGCCUCGGGCAACCUCAUGUGCGUCCUGCUCAUCGACUCAGAGAACCUCAUGGCCGAGUACAUGGACAACCACGAGGUCCCCAACAUCGACAUCAAUUGUGUCCAUGUGAAGGGCCUUGAGACGGCCAUCCCUGGUGAUUUGAGGUUGCUGGCCUAG